AUGGCCUCGGAGAAGACCCAGACGCGGUUGGGUUCUGUGGCGGUCGGUCAGCGCGCCUCACCGCCUUCGAGCACAGCCAAGAAUGUGGUCUUUCAGGAGUUUCACCCGUUCACCGAUCUGUGCCGGUCCAAACAGCACUGCGGCCCGUCCCUGCUCUUGUACAGGAAGUUGUCGUUGGACGGAACCGGAGAGGGCCCUGUGGAUGGGAGCGGGCUCGGCUCUGGCUCCCGGGACAGACUCGGCUCAGAUGGAGGCGAUAAUAACGACACUGAUGGAGACGGUGUGGCGAUGGCGGCUGGGCGUUCAGGUCAGCUGGAGGCCUCAGUCGAGGAGAGGUCUGGUCUCCGCACGAGUCCAGGGUCCAGUCCGCGCCUCAGUCCACGGCAGAAGCAGCGCCACCUUCGCCGCAGCAGCCUCACACUGUCGGUUCUCAGCCUCAAUAAAACAUCACUACGAGCGAGAUAUUCCAGACCCUCCAGCGAGCCGGGCUCUCGGGGUUCCUCUCCCUCAGGCUCCCCGGGUUCCUCUCGCCGCUGCCUCCCCCCGGGACACCUCAAGCGCCAGCGAGUCAUCACGGGCUACUCCAGCUUAGAGCGGCUCAACAGACGUCCCGCGAGCAACAAGUGCGCGGCAGACAAGCUGUUCCUGCCUCCGCCUGCCCCGGGGCAAGUCUCCGGGAGCAGCCACAGCGAGAGCAGCGCAGACGAGGUGGACUUUGAGAGGAACCGCAAGGAGGAGCGCUCCACCGUCCUCGUCCGGCGCUUUUACAAAAACAACAGGAAGGUCAAGAAAUCCGUGUGUACCGGGACCAGGGCUAUAGUCCGGACCCUUCCAUCGGGACAGAUCUCUGAGGAGAACUGGCUGCAGGUCAUGUGUUAUCAGAGCUGGAGACCAUCUAAAGAGGAAGUGUGGACUCUGCUGAUCCACGCGGCGCCGGAGCAGCUCAGUGUGCGCAGAGACAUGCUCCGCUUAGUCCAGGACCUCCGACAGGUGCACAGUCUGGACCCAGGCAGAAGGGAGCCGUACCUGACUCAUCCGGCCCAAAAGCUGCUGCUAUUUCCUGGACCAGAGCGGCACCGACACGAUGCUGCUCCUGGGGCCUCUCGUCUCACAAGGUCGUUUCGUGCGUGUAGCGUGCGGACCUCCUUGUGUUCGCUGUUGGCCGGAGCUCUUCUGGAAGCCACGGCAUCUCUCGGCUCUCGCUCCUCGCUGCCUCUGCCCUCGGCCAGUCCUCUGAGCGCCAACUGCCAUGUUCUGAAAGAGCGGCAACUGGCCACCAGUAUGACCAGCAGCUCUCUCCCUCCCAGCAUCAGCGGCAUCAGUAAAGAGCUCGCUGACCUGCGGCCGCUAGUGCAGUUUCCAGAGGAGAUCGCGAGUAUUCUCACUGAGCAGGAGCAGCAGCUGUACCAAAGGGUCUUUCCCUUGGACUACCUCUGCUUCCUCACUGGAGACCUGGGCAGUUCGGAGUACCAGACCAAACGCCACCCCAACCUCAAAGCCAGCCUGUCUGCGCCUGCCAUGCCUUCCCAGAAUGCCAUGCGUGCCAAUGGUGUGGAGGACCUGGUCGCACGCUUCAACGAGGUGAGUUCGUGGGUGACGUGGCUGGUGCUCACGGCCAGUUCCAUGGAGGAGAAGAGGGAGGUUUUCUCAUACCUGGUGCACGUGGCCAAGUCCUGCUGGAACAUGGGCAACUACAAUGGGGUCAUGGAAUUCCUCGCAGGGCUAAGGUCUCGCAAGGUCCUUAAGAUGUGGCAGUUCAUGGACCAGUCCGACAUCGAGACCAUGAGGAGCCUGAAGGACGCCAUGGCGCAGCACGAGACGUCGGCCGAGUACAAGAAGGUGGUGACGAGGGCGCUCAAUAUACCAGGAUGCAAGGUGGUUCCGUUCUGUGGGGUUUUUCUGAAAGAGCUCAGUGACGCCUUAGACGGAACAGCAAGCAUCAUCAGCCUGAAGAGAGACAGCACGGAGGAGUCACUGGAGUUUGUGUCCGACUACAGCGGCCAACAGAACUUCAUGUCUCGUUCCGGACCAGACGGACUCCACGUUCCAGAGAAAGAAGCAACCGUCAGCAACAUCCUACAAAUCAUCCGAUCGUGUAAUCGGAGUUUGGAAGCAGAGGAUCCGGAUGACUCAUCGAUCAGCGGUUCUAGCGGUCCCUCUACGGCCUCCAGGAAUAAUUCUUUCAAGGACUACAACCGAAAUCAAUUCACGGUGGGAGAGUUGUCGGAUUCCGAAAGCGACUUGUCCUCAGAGCCCGUGUCAAAGGACGGGGACUGUCAAAGCACUGAGGACGCACACAAAGCCUUCAACCACAACACGGAGCUCAUCCCUUGGUAUGUGCUGUCCCUGCAACCCGACAUCCACCAGUUCCUUCUCCAAGGAGCCACCGUGAUCCAUUACGAGCAGGACCUCACCAGCCGCUGCCUGCUGCGACUCCAGCCCGACAACGUCACUCUGACCUGGGGUAAGCCUCCGAGCGGCGGGGGCUUUCUGGCCGAGCACCCCUCUGGAUCGGGCCAGUCCGUUGCCGUGGGACUCACAGAAGGCCUCCUGGACCUGGCCGUUGUCAAGGCGGUGUUCAUGGGGCAUCAGGGCAUCGACAUCCAGGCCGUGUGCGUGCAGAACAAGCUGAGUCACAUGACCGCGGAGGAGAAUGGACUGAGCCUCCUCUACGGCCUUGGAACCACUGACAACAGACUCCUGCACUUCAUCGCCCCGAAGAACACGGCACAAAUGAUGUACAAAGGUUUGUGCGAGUUGGUGAACGCCAUCCGGAAACUAAAGAAGUUUCCGGAUCAGAGGCUGCAGUGGCUCCGGAGGCAGUACGUCAGUCUGUACCAGGAGGACGGCAGGCACGAAGGUCCGACUUUAGCCCAGGCCAUUGAGCUGUUUGGGGGGAGGAGGUGGAACAUGGGCACAGGAGGUGGAGUGGACAAAGCGGCGGCGCAGAAACACAGUCCUCUGGGAGCCAACGAAAAGACCAAGAAGAAGAAGAAGGCCUUGGUGCGGGGAGACAGCGGAGACGCCACCGAUGAUGAAAUGGUGUCCAGGAAAACUCGCAGCUGUAAGGAGGGACUGUAUCGGAACGGGCCCGAGUCUGACGCAGUUGAACAUGAAGAUCCAGAGGAUGGCUUUCCCGGACCGUUCCCCCUCUCGUCCGGUCGGAGUCCUGGGUUGUUGGUCUCAUCUUCCUCCUCCUCCUCUUCCUCCAGUAUGACCGGAGCCAACCAGUCCCGACCUCAGUCCUCCCCCAUUCUCUCAGGGAGCACCAAGUCACAGCCUGGUAGAGCGUGGAGCAGCAGGUCGUGGCACGGCCGAGGAAAAGGCUGCUUCAAAGGUUUCCAGAAUCUGAUGAUUUCCGACAGCACCAUGAGUUUCAUUGAAUUUGUGGAGCUUUUCAAAUCCUUCAGCAUCCGCAGCAGGAAGGACCUGAAAGAGCUGUUUGACACUUUUGCGAUUCCCUGCAGUCGCUCAGGCCCCGAGUCUGCUCCUCUUUACACAAAGCUGAAGAUAGACGACAAAGACAGCGGCACGCAGCCAGACCUCGAUUUACUCACCAGAAACGGCUCGGAUUUGGGUCUGUUUAUCCGGACCAGGCAGCUCAUGUCCGACAACCAGAAGCAGAUCUCGGACGCCAUCGCGGCCGCCAGCAUCAUGACCAACGGCACCGGGGUGGAGAACGCCUCCCUGGGGGUCCUGGGCCUCUCCAUUCACCAGCUAAACGACUUUCUGGUGAACUGCCAGAAAGAGCACCUGAGCUACGAUGAGAUUCUCAACAUCAUUCAGAGAUUUGAACCCUCUGCGAGUAUGAGACAGAUGGGAUGGAUGUCGUUUGAAGGCUUUGCCAGGUUUUUAAUGGACAAGGAUAACUUUGCUUCGAGAAACGAGGAGUCUCAGAUAAAUCCGGAGGAGCUGCAGUACCCUCUGUCGUACUAUUACAUCGAAUCCUCUCACAACACGUACCUGACCGGACACCAGCUCAAAGGGGAGUCCUCGGUCGAGCUUUACAGUCAGGUCUUGCUGCAGGGCUGUCGGAGCGUGGAGCUGGACUGCUGGGACGGAGACGAGGGGAUGCCAGUGAUCUACCAUGGCCACACCCUCACGACCAAGGUUCCUUUUAAGGAUGUGGUGGAAGCGAUAAGCCGCUCUGCGUUCGUCACCUCGGACAUGCCGGUCGUUCUGUCCAUAGAGAACCACUGCUCCCUGCCGCAGCAGCGCAAGAUGGCUGAGCUCUUUAAGUCUGUGUUUGGAGAUCGUCUCGUGACCCGUUUCCUUUUCGAGAGCGACUUCAGUGACGACCCCCAUCUGCCGUCACCGUGGCAACUUCGGGGAAAGAUCUUGCUGAAAAACAAGAAACUCAAAGCACACCAGGCGCCCGUGGACAUCCUCAAGCAGAAGGCCCACCAGCUCGCCCACAUGCAGGCGCAGGCCAAUGGCUCGCUGGGCGUCACGUCGCCUGGCAACAACCCCAACGAGGAAGAGGAAGAAGAGGAGGAUGAGUACGAUUACGACUACGAGUCUCUUUCCGACGCCGACGUCCUUUCUGCCUCUACUGCCUCUUAUGGCCUGGAAGAUAACCUCCUGGACGACAAACCGGAGGGGAAGAGUCCCGCAGACAAAGAGGAGCAUCCGGCCGACGAACUGCCCAAGAGGAAGAAGACGGACAGUUCAAGCCAGAGCAAAGGAAAGGUGUUUGACAUGGAGCUGGGGGAGGAGUUUCACCUGCCGCAGAAUAAGAAGGAGAGUCGUCAGAUCGCACAGGAGCUCUCGGAUCUCAUCAUCUACUGCCAGGCCAUCAAGUUUCCUGGUCUGUCCACUCUGUCUCCGACCGGCUCCAGUCGAGGGAAGGACCGCGGGAAGAGCAGGAAGUCCAUAUUUGGGACGGCUCCCACUCGCUGCAGCACGACAGGAGAGAUGGUGUCCCAGAGCCGCUCCUCCGGGAAAGGUGGCAGUGAGCGCCUGAGCUGGGAGGAGCAGCAGACGUCACCUGUGCUCAACGCCCCCACCUCGCUGAGCGCCAUCAUCCGGACCCCAAAGUGCUACCACAUCUCGUCCGUGAACGAGAACGCCGCCAAGCGUCUUUACCGGCGCUACUCUCAGAAGCUGAUCCAGCACACGGUCUGCCAGCUGCUGAGGACGUACCCCGCCGCCACCAGGAUCGACUCCACCAACCCCAACCCCCUGCUCUUCUGGCUGCACGGCAUUCAGCUGGUGGCGCUCAAUUACCAGACAGAUGAUUUACCGAUGCAGCUCAACGUGGCGCUGUUCGAGGCCAACGGCGGCUGUGGGUACAUUCUGAAGCCUCCUGUUCUGUGGGACCGCACCUGUCCUCUUUACCGCCACUUCUGUCCCAUCGAGAGGGACGUGGACAAGAUGACUCCUGCUCUGUUUUCAAUCACAAUCGUCUCGGGGCAGAACGUGUGUCCCGGGAACAGCUCGGGCAGCCCGUGUGUGGAGGUGGAGGUUCUGGGUCUGCCCGUCGACAGCUGCCACUUCAGAACCAAACCGAUCCACCGCAACACGCUCAACCCCAUGUGGAGCGAGCACUUCCAGUUCAGCGUCUACUUCGACGACCUGUGCUUCGUCCGGUUCUCGGUGGUGGAGAACAACAGCUCGCAGACCACGGCGCAGAGGACCCUGUCUCUGAAGGCGCUCAAGCUCGGCUACAGACACGUGCAGCUCCGGACUCUGCACAACGAGGCUCUGGAAGUGUCCAGUUUAUUCAUCUUCAGCUCCAGGACAGAGGAGGUGUCCACACAGGGGGCUUCUCCUGCGUCUCUGCUCUUCAGUUCAGAGGAGAAGCGUCUGUUGGAGCAGCACACAGUGACGGUCCACGAGGCCCCGGGCCCCGAGCCGUUCUCUCUGUUCUCGGUGACUGAGCUCACCACGGCCCGGCAGCUGCUGGAGAAGGCGCUGCUCUGUGCGGAGGCGAGAGAGAGAGAACUUUGUGACUACGUCCUGUGUGAGGAGAAACUGCCUCUGUCCAAAGAGCGAGGGGCAGAAGUGAAGAGACCUGCUCAGACUCGGACUCUGGCCCCUGACGAGAAAGUCCUCCGUCUGGUGUGGAGCUGGAGCACAGACGAGGGGUGUGUGGGAAGACUCUGCCUGAAACUCAGAGACGAGAAAAAUGUUGAUGAGGCCCCAGCUGUAGACGGAGAGGAGGAGACGAGCAGCCGAGAGUCUGGAGAAGAUCAUAUGUUCUUUGUCCAAGUCCAUGAAGUGUCUCCAGAGCAGCCGCACACGGUCAUCAAAGCUCCACGCUACAGCACUGCCCAGGACAUCAUCACACAAACUCUGUCCAAGGCCAAGUACUCCUGCAGUAUUCUGUCCAACCCAAACCCAGCGGACUAUGUGCUGAUGGAGGAGGUGACCAAGGACCUGAGUUCCUCAAAGAAGUCGUCUGGAUCUAAAGCGGUGCAGAGAAUGCUCCAGGACCAGGAGUGUGUGUACCAUGUGCAGAGCCGGUGGCGCGGCGCUGGGAAGUUCAUCCUAAAACUGAAGGAGCAGAUGGUUCGCGAGGAUAAGAAGAAAGGAAUGUCGUUCGCCAGCGAGCUGAAGAAGCUGACGAGCCGCAGUCGCAGCAUGACCACAGGCGGCACGGCAGACGGACUGACUCUGUCUGCUGCCUGUGCAUGGAGCAGAGACAGAGGGUGUCUGUCUGCUGCAGUGGGGCUGAAGGCCUGGCUCACAGAGGGGAGGCUCAGGCAGAACUCCUCCAGUAAACUGCAGGAAAGCCCACUCCCACUGUCCACAGUGACCCCCGCGUCCUGGAAACUCCUCCUCCUCCGCAACUGGAAGGUCCACAAAUGA